AUGGCUAUACAAAAUGGCAAUACUAUUACACAAUUUUUUUCUCCUAUACAAAAUGAACUUGAUAUACAAACGGUUGAUGCUUAUUUAAAUGAAUUGGAAAGUUAUAAUAAUAUUGAUUCACUAUCUAUAGAGUCAGAAAUAGAAA